CGAGCGCGAUGAAACUAUGCGGCGACGGAGGCGCCACCUUCCACUCCCUCCUCGCCGACUACCGCUCUCUGCUCGCCCGCGGUCUGCCCCCUCCCGCGCACACCUUCCCUCCCCUCCUCCGCGCCUGUGCCGCCUCCUCCUCCGUCUUACUCCCCCUCGGCCUCGCCCUCCACCUCCACGCCCUCCUCCUCGGCCACUUCCCCGCCGACCCCUUCGUCUGCUCCUCACUCCUCCACCUGUACUCCUCCUCCGGCUCCCUCCCCUUCGCUCGCCGCGUCUUCGACGAUAGCCCACUCAAGUCUUCCGUCGUCCCCUGGUCCGCCCUCAUUGGCGCCUACUCCCGCGCCGGCCGGCCCGGAAUCGCAUUCUCUCUCCUCCAUGACAUGCGCCAGAGCGACGUCCGCCCCAACUCUGUCACCUUCCUCUCCCUGCUCCCGCUCGAUCUCGUUCCCCUCCAAUGCCUUCACGCCUCCGUCGUCCGCCACGGCUUCGAGUCCGACCUCGUCCUGGCCAACUCCUUGGUGAGCGCCUACGGGAGGUGCAGCGUCGCGCUGGCUCGGAGGCUGUUUGAUUCAAUGCCCCUUAGAGAUGUCAUCUCGUGGAACUCACUGCUUUCCGGUUACUCCAGGAUCGGUUGCGUUCGGGAGGCGUUCGAUUUGUUUGCCGAAAUGAGAAGCGACGGAAUUCACGCAGAUCAUCCAACGUACGCAUCUCUGUUGUCCUCCGUCGUCAACAGCAGCGAUGGAGGAGGAAGAGAGGGGUUGGUUCGUUUAGGCAAGUUAGCCCAUGCGGCACUGUUAACAUCUGGGCAUGAACUGGACGCCCACGUCGAGACCGCGCUCACCGGCAUGUACUUGAAGUUUGGGGUCUAUGGCGACGCGUUUCUGCUCUUUGAACGCUCGUCGGACCGGCGGGACGUCGUGUCGUGGACCGCCAUGAUCUCCGGCCUCGUCCAGAGUGGUGCAGCUGACAAGGCACUGAUAGUUUUCCACCAGAUGCUGCGGUCGGGACCGGCGCCCGCGGCUUCGACCUUAGCCAGUGCUUUCUCAGCCUGCGCGCAGUUGGGGUCGUCCAAACUCGGAGCUUCCAUCCAUGGUCAUGUGUUCCGGCAAGGCUUGCACCUGGAUGUUCCUGCCCAGAAUUCACUCGUCAGCAUGUACGCAAAGGGCGGUCGUCUGAGGCAGAGCCUGUACGUGUUUCAGGCGAUGGAGGAUCGAGACCUCGUGUCGUGGAACUCGGUGAUCUCGGGCUGUGCUCAGAACGGUCAUCUGGUUGAGGCCUUCUUCCUUUUCGGCAGAAUGAGGGUGGAGUCGCAGAAGCCUGAUACGAUAACUGCGGUUGCGCUCUUCCAGGUAUGUGCCGCCAUGGGCGCGCUUCACCAUGGCAAGCUGGUUCACUGUUUUGUGAUCAGACACGAGAUAGAUCCGUCCAUCGCCCUCGAUACAUCUCUGGUCGACAUGUACGCGAAGUGCGGCGAUCUGAGAGCGGCUCUGAGAUGCUUCUCGUCGAUGCCAGAACAGGAUCUCGUGUCGUGGGGUGCGAUCAUCGCUGGAUACGGCAGCCAUGGAAUGGGAGAAUUGGCUCUUCGAGUGUACAAGGAUUUCCGCAACAGGGGAAUGGAGCCGAACGAUGUCAUAUUUCUAGCCGUGCUCUCGGCUUGCAGUCACGCAGGGCUCGUUUCCGAGGGCCUCAGGAUUCUGAAGUCCAUGACAGAGCAGUUCAGCUUGAAGCCCAGUCUCGAGCACUGGGGAUGCGUCAUCGAUCUCCUGUGCAGGGCCGGAAGGUUGGAAGAAGCGCUGGGUUUCGCGAACACGAUGACGCCGAGGCCCAAUGCAGAUAUCUUGGGGAUGCUUCUUGAUGCUUGCAGGACGAAUGGAUUGGUGUCAUUAGCGGAGGCGGUGGCGAAGCAGAUAGCUGCACUGAGGCCGGAUUCUGCCAAUAGCUACGUCCAACUGGCUCACAGCUACGCCGCGAUGCGAAGGUGGGAUGGCGUGGGAGAGGCGUGGGUGCAGAUGAGAGAACGAGGGUUGAAGAAAGCACCGGCAUGGAGUUUCGUGGAAUUGAAUGGGAUCAUCACCACAUUUUUCGCAGAGCAUCAGACGCACUCUCAGCAGGAUGAGAUACUCUUUUUGCUGAAGAUGCUCAACGGCGAGAUGAGAGAAAUCAGUGGAAGCUCCGCGUAUCGGCGGUGGGAGAGCAGUAUGUUGGAUUUUGGGGGCGAUUCAGGUGAGAUAGGUGACAGUUGCUGGUCUGCGGUUGCAUGAAAGAGCAAGCAAACAGUUACUCGAGAAGUCAUGGCAAAUGCAGGCUUCGAGAUGAACAUAAGAUACGAACGCCCUGCUUCAAGGAAAAUUGAGAGGACAUUGGAUAAAGCAGUGGCGAAGCUGUGGUUUUACCUUUCUGUGCCAACCGUGCAAUUGAACAUUAAUCGGCUCAUCAGAAGCAUCAUUUGAUGAGAAGCCAAGCACCAUUGGAGAGUCAUACUACAAACAAGGCUUGCCCCACGAGAAUAAGAACACGGGUGCCAAGAAACAUAAGAAAAUAGUUGGUGGUGAUGGACGAUGAUGCUGCUGGAGUCACUGAUGGUUGUUAUGGAUGAAAAGAGCGACAACAAGA